AUGUGGAUGUAUCCUACAAUCAACCCUGCGAUCACGCCUCAAGAAUUUGCAUGGUUACAACAACAAAGAGCGGCUGGCGUAUUUGGACCGCAACCAACAGCACAGCUGCCUGGGCAUGUGGCAUUGGUGCCCUCAAUGAGCAAUUCCCCAGUCACCAACACCGCUUUGGCCAACGGCUGGGAACACAGCUGUCAUUGUGGGCCUGAGUGUAAUUGCUUGGGCUGUGCAACACAUCCAUUUAAUCGGAGGACGGUGGAGCAUGUACGGGAGAUGCAGUCGUUCAUGGCCGUAGACAAUGGAUCUCUGAGUCCGCAGUCGCACCCGAAUCCUACAAUCCAUAACCAUCCACACGGCCUUGUUCAACAGCUUUCGCACCCACAAUCCCAACCAAACAGUUUCGAAGCGAAUGGGAUGUCGCUUUCGUCGCCUGUAGCUGGUGCACCAUCGUCAGGGACAUGCUGUGGAAGUAGAGGUAGCCCGGCAAAGCGGAUUUCACCUACACCGGAAGAGGAGGACAUAGGCCCAGACGGAAGCCCGAGUGGCACCCCGAGUGGCACCCCGAGUGGCACCCCGAGUGGCACUGACGCUGUUGAUGAGCUCUCACCAAGCAAUUUCCUAUACUUUGAUUAUCCGCUCGGAAUGUGCGCGCAGACUGAGGCUGGAUGUAAGUGCGGCGAGGGAUGCACUUGUGUUGGCUGCAUCACGCACGGAGGGCAUGAUGGUGUAGAGUUGGAAGCCCCUGUACAGGCGCCAGAGUGGGAAGCGUGGGAGAUAGAAGAAGGCACCUGA